AUGUCUCAACCAACGGAAUCGUUGGAGCCUGAACCCUCAUUACUCGACUACGCUCGAGGGAGACGCUUGAAAAAGGGCGGACAAGGAACUGUCUACCAGUAUAUCAACCGUCAAACGGGGCCCCUCUAUGCUGUCAAAGUCAUAGAGUACAACUAUGAAGAACAUCACUCACAAGAAAGACCACAGAGUGAGAUCAACAUGCUAAGGGAGACAUAUGUGUCACAGCGUUUAGCACACCCCCUCGAUCUCGUCGUCGCCGAUUAUGGCUUGGUAUCCUUGGACAAUCCGGUCUCCUUCUGCGGAUCACCGGGGUAUGCGGCGCCAGAGGUAGUCCGAAAUGGCGCUGUCCCGAAGAACCAACGCCGUCCCUAUACUCAAAACGUGGACAUCUAUGCUUUAGGCAUGCUACUCCUGGACAUUCUUGGCGUCAAUCCGCCGAAGAUGUGGAUACAGAAUCGCAAACAGUUCAACAAGUACAUCAGUGUACCAAUAGCUGAACAGCUAGAUGCGAGCGAACCAGAUCAGAUCGAACGUUGCGGCGCUCUAUCGACAGUAGGCAGCAUGCUACAUUUUGACCCCAGCGAUAGACCUUCCGUAGACAAAUGCCUGCGCCUCCCAUGGCUUAGCGAAACAAUAACGACACCGCUAGCAGCACAGCUGCCUGGGACACCCUCAAAGCCUUCCGUCGUUAUUCCUCUAGCGAGUCUUCCAAUAGUCAAUGACGAGACAUGGUGGCACAGCAACCCCCGGGCAGUCACUCCUACACAGCAGGUCACACAGGAUAAAAAGCUUGGCCGUCACUAUGAUCUUCGAAAGAAAAGGCAGGCAGAGCGACACAAUCCAAUCUCGGUCCCAAAAAAGAACAGAGUUCAGAAAAAGCAUUACGAGUCACUACCAACCCCAAGACUGACGCCGGACAACAAGAGGAAAGGUCAGGAGGUCUACAACUCCCAGCCAUUAGAGGACCCUCAAGGACAGACACUUCGGAAGGAGGCUCGCUAA